AUGUGUUACCCAUUACAGGCGGAGGACCGCGCCGACUUCAAAGCUGCCGCCAGAGAUCGUAAAUCAGGACACGGGGCACAGGUGGCGUCCGACCGUGUAAACAGAGCUUUCUCGGAAGAUUCCCGCGGUGGCGUUCGCGAGCGCGAGGGAGAGGGUGGAGGGGUGGGAGGGAGAGAGGACCUCGCCUAUAUAAGCUGGCCAGCGGCAGCGCGCCCACCACUCGCCGUCAUGCUCAGUCGCGCGCCACAGCUGUUCUCGAUCGUGCUGGUCGCGCUCGCGGCCUCGACCGCCGCCGACCAGGAGUCGACCACAACGCCGCCCGCCACCACCGCCUCCACCACCACGACGCCCCCGCCGCCCGCCACCCUCGUCGCCGUCGCCGCUACCGAUGGCCCGACGCCACCCCCGCUUCCGGAGACGACGGAAGUCGAGAAGCCGCUGCCCAAACCGGAGAUGUACAGUCUGCAUGUGGAGUCGCGCAUAGACUACCGGUACGCCCGGACAGUAUUCAGCAGCAGGCUGGCCAACCCCGCCAGCAAAGCCCAGGAGGUCUUCUUCAGCGUCGUGCUCCCAGAGACCGCUUUCAUUUCUGGAUUCCUCAUUGAGUCCGACGGCAAGGUGUACGAAGCUUACGUGAAGGAGAAGGAGGAAGCGAAGAAGGAAUACCAGCAGGCAGUGGCCAGCGGACAGACAGCGGCUCACGUUGCUGUCAGUGCGCGAGACUCCAACACAUUUACCGUGUCCGUAAACGUGGAGGCGGGCAGCAAGGUCACGUAUAACCUGACGUACGAGGAGCUGCUGACGCGCCGCCUCGGCUCCUACAACCACGUCAUCAACCUACAGCCUGGGCAGGUGGUGCGGGACCUACAGGUGGACGUGUACAUACAGGAGAGCAGCAACGUGACGACGCUCAGAGUACCAGAACUGCGCUCCGGCAACGAAGUCGAACCCGACGAGGACUCUAAACCUAACGCGUUGGUGACGGUAGAGAGACCAACAGCAAAGUCCGCUCACAUCCACUACGCACCGACACCGGAGCAGCAGCUGCAGUCGGGGAAAGACGGUCUCAGCGGGCAGCUGGUCGUGCAGUACGACGUAGACCGCGACCCGCAGGCCGGCGAGGUGCUGGUGUACGAGGGAUACUUCGUGCACUUCUUCGCCCCAGAAGACCUGCCCCCACUGCGAAAGCAUGCCAUCUUCGUGCUGGACGUGUCCGGCUCCAUGGAGGGCCGCAAGAUCGAGCAGCUGAAGGAAGCCAUGACCACCAUCCUGGACGAGCUGCAGCCGGGAGACUACUUCAACAUCAUAGAGUUCUCCUACUCCGUCACGGUGUGGAACCUGGACUCGACCAAUGACAGUGCAGUCUACUCGCCGUACAUCAUGUACGACGACAGCGGCAAGCAGCCCAACGCGGGACCUACGCCUGCUUUCCCAGCGACCAAAGAGUACAUCGCCAAGGCCAAAGACAUUGUCUCAAAGAUGAUCGCUGGAGGAGGUACCAACAUCGAUGGCGCGCUGAAGACAGCUCUAGAAGUGACGCACGAUGGUCUGGAGAAUGUGACGCUGGAAGGCGUGCGUCCCGAGCCACUGGUAGUCUUCCUGACAGAUGGAGAGCCCACAGUGGGAGAGUCGCGGCCCAGCAAGAUCUUUGCGGCGGUCAGUGAACGCAACGAACACCCAGCUGCCGCCAUCUUUUCUCUAGCUUUCGGCGACGACGCCGACCUGCCCUUCCUCAGGAGGCUCUCACUGCGCAACGCUGGCUUUGCCAGGAAGAUCUACGAGGCAGCUGAUGCUGCGCUCCAGCUCAAGCAUUUCUACAAGCAGAUCGCGUCGCCGCUGCUAGCCAACGUCACCUUCACCUACCCCAAGGGACAGAUAGAGGAGAACUCAACAACUCGUGAUCACUUCCCUGCAUUAUUUAGAGGGUCAGAAUUGGUGGUAGCAGGGCGCCUGUCUUCCGCAAAUGAUCAAAAACAGUUGACUGAAAUAUCUGUCUCAGGAGAUGGAGCAGCAGGAGAGGCACACUUUCACAAGCUACGUCCUCUGUGGCUAGUUCCUGAACCUCGCCCUGAUGAUUCACCAGGAUCAAAGAGGCAUGCCCCUUCUCUGGAACGUCUAUGGGCUUUCCUAACAGUGCAACAGCUGCUUGAGAAGGUUGCUGUGGCUGGGGCCCUGGAUGAGACACCUGUAUACCCAUGGCAGGCACCAGACCAUGAUGACAAGAAGUUGGACAAUGCCACAGCAGCAGCCAAGGCCAAGGCACUCAAACUGUCACUGCAGUAUUCAUUCGUCACUAAACUGACAUCUCUGGUAGUAGUGAAACCAAAUCAGACAUCCAAUGUGUCAGAAAGUGUGCAACCUGUUUCAUCAUCCAGUGGAAGCUCAAACUUUGCUAGCCCAGCUCUUAUGUUGAGUGCUUUUGCACCCGAUCGUUUUGGGCAAGCAGGGGCUCCUGGUGCUGCAGGACUUUCAGGGCCUCCAUCAUAUGCAUUUGUUGGGGCUCCCGCAUUAGGUAUCCGGCCAACACAAGUUAACAGACCACACUAUUAUACAACAAUUCAUGGACCUCCACCUCCACCACAACCAUCAACAACAAUGGCAGCAACGUCAACUACUACUCAUAAAAGUACAGCUGCACCACACAUCAUCCCACAGGAAGACUUGAUGUGGCUCAAAAGUGUCAAAGUUGGCAAUGACACUAUCAAUCUACCAAACAUUUCAGGCAGCAUGGAGACAUACAAGCUUGCAGUCACAGAGGCAAACUUGGAACAUGAAAUAUGUGUUGGACACGAUCCUGAGAUAUCUAGCCAUUGCCGUUAUUUGAAAUACUGUGCACUUGACGUAUUUGCAUCCAAUUUGACAUUAUAUUACAACACUCCAUACUUCUGCUCUAUUAAUGGGUAUGCUGGUGUGUGCUGUCCUGAUGAGCUUCAAGUUUCAUCCACAGAGUCAAGUGUGGCAAGUUCCUAAUAUGAGGAUUGUUAUUGACAAUCCUUUUUCUAGAUUUUUGUACAGUACAUGAAUACUUCAUGCAUAAAAUAAUAUUUAUAUUUAUACAUGAAGUAGUUUGAUAUUGAGGUCAGUAAACUCUUUCCCACAGAGAUGACAUUCACACAUUGGAUGUUUACGUGACCAAGAAUGUUUGUAUAUUGCCAGUGUGUUAAAAACCAAUUGUAAAAAGUUGUAAUGGGCAUUACAUAUGCAAUAUAUUUAUUUUAUUAUGUAAUUUUAUUUCUGUUUACUAAGAUAGAGUUACCUAUUUUGUUGUAGAAAUGAUAAUCAGAUUUCUAAAACAGAAAUUUCCAUGAACUGUGUAUCUGGUUAUUGCACACUGAAUUAUAGGAUGCCAUUGUUUCAAAUAUUAUCUGUUGAAUAUUGAUAGCUGGAACAUAGAUUUAGCCUGUAAAACAUUGGUUUUACAAACACAUGAUGUUCAUUUACAAAGGUCUGGUGAUCUGAGUCAAUGUUUUACAAAUAAAUUUUUAUAUUCCUUA